AUGGAUCUAGACGAUGACGAAAUUCUGUAUGAAUCUGACGACGAUGAGGAUAUCUUACUCAAUGGCGGUUUUGGUGGCAGUUUCUUCACAGAGGACGACGUUGAAAAAUUUUGCAAUGGUAUGAAGCAUGUAGUACUGCCCCCUGGGGUUCCCCAUUUACCUCUGAAUCUUGGAGAGGCAAGUCAUGGCAAACUGACUGCAUCUCAGUGGCAUGCACUUUAUGUCUUUAUUAUCCCUCUGGUGAUUUGUGAAAUCUACAUCACUGACGUAGGAUCGAUCGACCUCCGCUCAAAUCGGUACAAAUUUCUGGCCAAUACUGCUCAACUAGUCCAAUGUACCAAUGUGGUUUUUGCACGGAGAUUCAAGCAGGCUGAUCUCAGACGAUUUGAGAUGCAUUACAAAAAAUACUCAGAUUCGGUCGGGGAACUAUUUGAAGGUAUCAAAGUGCAACCCAACCAUCACUUUGCACUACAUACUACUCAACAGAUGUCUGGUUGGGGACCUCUAGCCGGUGUAGCAGAAUUCCCUGGGGAGCGCCUCAUAGGUUUUCUCCAGAAAAUCAAUACUAACAACAAGAUUGAUGAAAUGCACCGGAGUAUGAUGACCCGUGGGUGCCGAUUACAAUGCUUGAUGGCCAACUCUGAUUACAAAGAAUUGGCUAAUGUGCUGGGAAACGAGGAACCUCAAAGGGGACGGCAGACAAAGUCAAUAUUGCUGUGUUCAUCCAUAUAUACAAUGCUUUUUGACCUUGUGGCUCGUGGGGAUCGAUUGGUGGUCAGACGUGGGACGUUCCCGGUACCGAGGCACUGUUGGGUGUUGUCAGUAUUAGCUAUCCCAAUAAGAUCAAUCAGUUGUGAUGGGGUAGUGGUAGGGUCAAUGAGUCCGCGGAAUUGUGUGGUCGCUAACGUGGCUGGAAAAAUAAGAUAUGGUCUUGUCCGACAGUGUUAUCGCUACAAAGAUGGCUUAGGCGAGGAGAAGGAGUUCUUGGUACUGUCGACCAUUACAAAUGUGUAUCCAAAGAGAAUGGAUCCAUGUCGGACACGUCCAUUCCGAUACUUACUGUUUCUAUUUGGCAUGGUUGUGGGGAGGGUUGAAGACGACGAGGAACUAAUUCUGCCCUCUCAAGUGGUUUCUCUGGCUGCAUACCGGCUUCUAGAUGACAAGAUGUUUAGUAUUCCAAAAAAUGGAAUAGCACUUAUUCCCCAUGGACAUGAUGCAUUCCUCAAUAUUGCUGGCCAUGAUGGUCAAACCUGUAGGUUCAUCUAA